AAAAAAGAACUAUCAGAUGAGCGACGCUACGGUAGAAAUCGAAAUUGAUAAAAUCAAUAUUAAUAAAAUUGAUAUCAAUAACAAUGGAAUUGACAUUAAUAACGAUAGAAUCGAUAACAAUAUAAAUAACAAUAUAAUUAAUAAUAAGCCGCAUAAUGGGAAACCUAUUACAGAGAUAGAGACAUCACCAAAUGGAAAAUACCUCGUUACUUAUAGUGAAGAUGAUCAUUCAAUCGUUGGUUGGGAUGUAGACAAGAAUCAAUUUAAAUUGGAAUUUUCUAUCAAAAUUUCUGAUCAAGUAGGACACAUACGUAUUUCCGAUGAUAAGAGACUUGCUUAUAUAUAUGCCACCAAAAAAUUAGGUGAAAGUGGUAAAAUAAAAAUAUACGACAUGAAUAACGAUCAACAAAUCAAAUUAGAUUGUGACUUUGGUGAUUAUUAUAGUUAUUGUACCUUUAACUUGAAGAAUGAGCUUAUUUUAUAUAAUAAUUUUAACAGAGAUUAUGUUAUGCGAAAAAUUAUCUUGAUAUAUUCCACAAGAACUAAAAAUAACAAAUGGAAGUGUAAAAAAUUAUGCGAGAUACCAGAGGAUAUUGAAUUUAUUAGCAUAUCAAAAUAUGAUAAACUUUAUUUAUUUUCAAAUAAUUCCAUUUAUGAAUGGGAUCUUUUUACUGAAAAAAGUAUAAAAAUAUUUGGUAAUGAUGAGGAGAUGAAAUAUAGCUAUUAUUAUAAUACGUCUGAUAUUAGAAUUUCCGGUAAUGAGAAAUUUAUUUGUAUGAGGAUCGAGAAUAAAAUUACUAUUUAUUCGAACGAACUAGAAUUCUCUACUACUUCUGUGAACGUUAUUCAGUUACGUACGCUUAUUAUACAUCCAGUGUUAUGUCCUCUAUUAUUUCAUCUAUUAUUUCCUUUAUUCAGUAAUAUACCAAAUAAUGAAUUUUGGGAUUCAAUCAUGAAAGAUUGUAGAGAAUUAUGUUUUGGUCAUUUAAAACAACAUGAAUCACCAAAAGAAUUUCUUCCAAAUAACAUUCAAUCUGCAAGCAAUUGCGCAUUUGGAAUUCUAGAUGGAGAUGU